UGACGCCAUUAGUCGAGCGAAUACGGAGAAACAAACAGUCGAGAAGCAUUACGAUUGGGAUGGAAGCUAAUGAAGAAACAAAACUUGAACUUGAGGAAAGUGGCCAUCAUCUUGUUCAAUUACAUGUUGGAUCAGAGUCUGCAGCCUACAAUACAACUUCACCUGCGAGGUUGGAUGACAGAAUCCCUGAUAUUCCCGCUGGGAAGUCACAUCAUCUUUUCAUCUCUCACUGUGAAGAAGACACCGAAUGGGUAGAGGGGCUGGUGAAGGUUCUUGAGGGCAACCAUGGUGUUAAGUGUCUAUGGCAAAAACGAGACUUUGUGGCCGGUCAAGGCAUACCGGGGUUGAUACAAAGAGGGAUCGCUGAGAGCACGAAGGUUGUGUUUGUACUGACACCAGAGUCACUUGAAAGUUCAUGGUGCCAACAAGAAAGAGAUUGGGCCUUUGUGUUGUCUAUGGAGGAACGACAGAACAGAAUAAUACCGCUUCUGUUGAAGCCGUGUGUAAUACCAGACAUUUUCAAGACGUUCAACUACAUUGAUGUUCCCAAAGGAGAGGACCAUGUGAAUAGAACCAUUCGGGCUCUUGCUGCAAUGGAUGAUGACCUUCAACCACGUGUUAUCAACUUUUUAAGGAUGAAAGGAAGUGGUUUACGCAUGACGAUUAAGGGGAGUAAAUGCUCAACAUUCAUGUGUGAAGGGCCAUCAUGGGCAUUCGGAGAUCUAACAGAGUCCCAAAGACUUGAGCUUUCACGUUUUGGAAACGAGUUUGCCGAAGACGUGUAUCAAGAGGCCAAAGAUAUUGCGAACAGAUCCCGGGAAAUGAGAUUCUAUUCCCUGUCUGACAGCUCAUGUCACGCGUGGAGUGUCUGCCUGUGUGGCCUUCUCAUCACAAGCCUCGUUGUGUGCAUUGUCAUGGUUCCACUGUUCUACUACACCAAUGCGUUCUACAACGCUCUCUACAUGCUGAUCUGUAUCGGUGUUGCUAUGAUCGCAAUACCAGUUGCUCUUUGCUUGUUUUCACGGAAGUAUGUUUCAAAUAGUUUCCAUCAAAGGGUUGUUUCCACUGAUUGUUCUUUGUAAAACACAUACAACGUGUUGAACAUUAAUAUUCUUAUUCUAACUUAAUCAACAAGGAAAUGAUUGAUAACAUAUUUUGAUUAUUUCUUGUUUAUAUUUUGAAAUUUAAAAAGAUAAUUUCUUUUCAGUAUCUACAAAGUCAUUUUUCACACCAUUACGUAAACAGCCUUCAUACGACUGAGCUUUGAAUUAAAGAUCUUUGUUAAUGCAAUAUCCACUAAGUGAUACUUGCGCCAUUCAAAGACUUGUAAUUUGUAUUGCUAUCCUCACCUCAACGUGUAUUUUGCUUUCACCUAGAAUUUGAAAGAGUUUAGACGUGUUAUUCAAAGUCACAACGAAAAUGUGAUGAAGACAAAGAUUCUGAUCAACUACACAAGGUUUCUCGACCCACCCAUUCUUCAACUGAUGUACUACGAUUUGUCACCAUGUCUGAAGCACGUUACGGAUAACGUCAUGAAACUGCCUGAUUGUGUGCAGUAUGAAACAGAGACCUUUGAGUGGUUAAAGACCCGUGCCAAUCGUGUCGCUGAGAGACACAUGCAUACGUUUGUUAUGAGCAACAUUCACCACCUGUUUAACUGGGACUUUCUACCAAAAUCUGAAAAACACAGACAUGCAACAUUCAAGAAUAAAAAAUGUAUAUGUGAACUAAUGGGAUAUUAAGGUUAUCAUAUUAUUUUCUGGACAGGUGAAGUCACCAUUCUCUGACCACCCAAAGUCAUCCAGAUUCUCUGGACAACUUAUCACAUCCAUGUUCUCUGGCCAGUUGACACCGUCCAUGUUCUCUGACCAGCUGACACCGUCAAUGUUCUCUGGCCAGCUGACACCAUCAUUGUCUCUGGCCAGCUGACACCAUCAAUGUUCUCUGGCCAGCUGACAUCCUCAAUGUUCUCUGGCCAGCUGACAUCGUCAGUGUUCUCUGGCCAGCUGACACCAUCAAUGUUCUCUGGCCAGCUGACAUCGUCAGUGUUCUCUGGCCAGCUGACAUCACCAAUGUUCUCUGGCCAGCUGACAUCGUCAGUGUUCUCUGGCCAGCUGACGUCACCAAUGUUCUCUGGCCAGCUGACAUCGUCAAUGUUCUCUGGCCAGCUGACGUCACCAAUGUUCUCUGGCCAGCUGACAUCGUCAAUGUUCUCUGGCCAGCUGACACCAUCAAUGUUCUCUGGCCAGCUGACGUCACCAAUGUUCUCUGGCCAGCUGACAUCGUCAAUGUUCUCUGGCCAGCUGACAUCCUCAAUGUUCUCUGGCCAGCUGACAUCGUCAAUGUUCUCUGGCCAGCUGACACCAUCAAUGUUCUCUGGCCAGCUGACAUCACCAAUGUUCUCUGGCCAGCUGACAUCGUCAAUGUUCUCUGGCCAGCUGACAUCCUCAAUGUUCUCUGGCCAGCUGACACCAUCAAUGUUCUCUGGCCAGCUGACAUCACCAAUGUUCUCUGGCCAGCUGACACCAUCAAUGUUCUCUGGCCAGCCGACGUCAUCAAUGUUCUCUGGCCAGCUGACACCAUCAAUGUUCUCUGGCCAGCUGACAUCGUCAAUGUUCUCUGGCCAGCUGACAUCGUCAAUGUUCUCUGGCCAGCUGACACCAUCAAUGUUCUCUGGCCAGCUGACACCAUCAAUGUUCUCUGGCCAGCUGAUAUCGUCAGUGUUCUCUUGCCAGCUGACACCACCAAUGUUCUCUGGCCAGCUGACAUCACCAAUGUUCUCUGGCCAGCUGACACCGUCAAUGUUCUCUGGCCAGCUGACAUCGUCAAUGUUCUCUGGCCAGCUGACGUCACCAGUGUUCUCUGGCCAGCUGACGUUGUAAAUGUUCUCUGACCAGCUGACACCGUCAAUGUUCUCUGGCCAGCUGACAUCACAAAUGUUCUCUGGCCAGCUGACAUCCUCAAUGUUCUCUGGCCAGCUGACAUCACCAAUGUUCUCUGGCCAGCUGACACCGUCAAUGUUCUCUGGAUAACUGACUUCAUCCAUGUUCUCUGGAUAACUGACGUCAUCAAUGACACCUGGACAGCUGACGACACUUCAACAUUUAGAACUGUUUAUGGUUAAAGGGAAUUGCUUUGUGAAUACUUUAUGUACGCUACGGCUACCUUUGGCUGAUGUGAAACGUGAACAAUUCAGUUGAUGGAUUCACCAUCAAUCCUUGAAUAAGCUUGAUCCUUGAAUGUAUUUUGGAAGGCCCUUUGGCCGGCCUUUAUUCGUUGUAGUUUAGUAACAAUGGUUGUAGUAGUAUCAGAGUUGGUAUCCAGUACUUAUAAGCCUUUCAGUGUUGUAUUUCUCUAAACAAAUGUUACAUAAGAUAGUUUAUACCUUCACAUUAUGAGAGGUGGACUGAAAUUAAAAUGUUCGAAGAUUGUUUCAACAUUAUAGCUU